AUGUCUGAGAGUAGUAGUGACCAAAAUGAAUGUCCUAUUGAGUCUGUUGGCGGUAUUCGUGGCCUGGCCGAUUCAGAAGCUUUAAAUGGAUCGGAAAAGAUUGAGUCGUUAGAGGUUGUUUCGGGGAAAGACUUUCAAAUGGUUGAUUUAUCCGCCUGGGCCGCUGGAUAUAAACGGGUGGGCUUCCAAGGAACCUACUUACACCGAGCGAUAGAGGAGUUGAAAAUGAUGCGACAAAAAGAGGCUAAGAUCUUUUUGGGGUUUACUAGUAACUUAGUUAGUUCGGGCUUACGCGAUAUUCUUUGUUAUCUGAUUAAGAACAAGUACGUAGACGUAGUAGUGACUACAGCGGGUGGGAUAGAAGAAGAUUUGAUUAAGACUUUAAAACCAUCUCGUUUGGGAGAGUUUAGUAUGGAUGGAGCUACUUUAAGGAAACAAGGUCUGAACCGGGUAGGGAAUGUUUUGAUUCCUAAUGAGAACUACUUUGUCUUUGAGAGCUGGAUGAACGAGUUUUUGGACGGAUUGGUCGAAGGUGUGAAAGAAGAUGAUUUAGAUAGGGAAAGAGAAGUAUCUGGAUAUCGGCAUUUAGAAGAUAUUGCGGUGAUUAGACCAUCAAGACUUAUUUACGAACUGGGCAAAAAGAUAGAUGCUGAGGACUCGUUUUGUUAUUGGGCCUACCGGAACAACAUACCUGUUUACUGUCCGGGCAUAACUGAUGGGUCAAUUGGUGAUAUUAUUACGUACUAUAAAGGUCGGGAUCGGCUAGUAAUUGAUUUGGUUGAGGAUAUUGCUCGUAUUAAUGGGGAAGGAUUGUUUGCGCGGUGGACGGGUGCUUUGAUUUUGGGUGCGGGAAUUGUGAAGCAUCAUAUUCUGAAUGCUAACUUGUUCCGGAAUGGUCUAGACCAUUGUGUGUUAGUAAAUACGGCUCAGGAGUAUGAUGGAAGUGAUGCUGGUGCUCGAAUUGAUGAGUCUGUUUCUUGGGGGAAAAUCAAGAAGCAUACGACUUCAGUGAAAGUUCAUGCUGAUGCUACUAUUGUUCUGCCGAUUUUAGUGGCUGCUGUUUGGCCGGAAACGACUCAGCUCAAGAGCAAGGAGGACAAUCAGUAG